AUCAACUAAUUGGGUCUGAUCGAUUGUGCAUGUGCACUGGCUCGCUCUUUCACGUGCGUUUUUCAGUCUGUGGCUAGCUGACUCAGUAGUUUUAACGUGACUAGCGGUCACAUCACACACACACACACACACACAGAGGUAAACAUUAACCAGCACAAGUUGUUUGCGUGUUAAAGAAACUUUUUGCUGGAAAGAAGAACAUGGCGACAACUAGGUCUGUUCAGGCUAAAGGAUAUUUGCUGUACAGGAGGUUUUCAGAGAGCAGCGACAAAGGCUGGUUCCGAUCCUUAUUUGUGCACAAAGUCGAUGCCAGGAAAGAUGCUCACUCCAACCUGCUUUCAAAGAAGGAGACCAGCAACUUGUAUAAGAUUCAAUUUCAUGACGUCAAACCAGAAUGCCUAGAAGCAUACAACAGUCUGGAGGCUGAAGUGCAGAAAAGACUUCACGAGGACCAGGACUACCCGUGUGAGGUAGUUGGAAGCUGGAAUACCUGGUAUGGAGAACAAGAUCAGGCUGUGCAUCUGUGGCGAUACAGAGGAGGCUACCCAGCUUUGACUGAUUGUCUGCAGAAGUUGAGAGCUAACAAGGAGUACUUAGAGUUUCGGAAGGAAAGGGCCAAAAUGUUGCUUUCAAGACGAAAUGAACUUCUUCUGGAGUUCAGUUUCUGGAAUGAACCCCUUCCCAGACAAGGACCAAACUUCUAUGAAAUGCGCACCUAUUACCUUAAGCCAGGAACCAUGAUUGAAUGGGGCAAUCGCUGGGCGAGGGCAAUCAAACAUAGACAAGAAAACAAUGAGGCAGUAGGCGGUUUCUUCACACAGAUUGGCCAACUCUAUGUUGUUCAUCACUUGUGGGCUUACGAAAGCCUCCAGUCCCGAGAGGAGACAAGAAACUCUGCCUGGCGGAAAGAAGGAUGGGACGUAAACGUGUAUUAUACAGUGCCUUUGUUGCAAAGUAUGGAGUCAAGAAUAAUGAUUCCAACUAAGAGUUCACCUUUACAAUGAGAAAGCGACUGAGACUGCAAAUAAUUCAAUGACCAAAUUUUACUAAUUGUAGUUUCCAUUUCUUUUGUAUGAUCUGUGUUGUUACUAAAAGCAUUGAAGUAAAA